CCUCACAUCAACAUGCACUUCACCACUCCCCUCCUGCUCGCAGCAGCCCUCAUCACCCCUACCUUCUCCUCCCCAACCCCCACCAAACCCCAACACGGCCACACCCACGGCCACUCCCGCCGCCAAAUCUCCAUCGGCGCCAGCGCCUCCAUCUCCAUCUCCAUCCCCUCCGCCUCCUCCACCAGCACCUCCUCCGGCUCCUCCAGCGACUGGACCUCCACCCCCUCCUCCGGCAGCGAAUCCACCUCCGGCUUCGGCACGCAAACCAACUCCACCGGCAGCGGAGACACCUACAUCGGCAACGUCGGCUCCCCCUGGGGUUCCAACAUGCUCGAAGUCUCCUCCUCCUCCGCAUCCAGCUACAAAUACGUCAUGGAACUCACCCUCCCCUCCACCUCCUCCUCCUCAGACUCCUGGACCGUCGUCUUCUGGAACAAAUACGGUCCAGACGGCAAAAUGGACGGCUUCUACGGCUACUCCGCCCUCUCCUUCACCAUGUCCCCAGGAGACACCAAAUACGUUGCCUUUGACGAAGACACCCAGGGGGCGUUUGGUGCCGCCGAGGGAAGUUCCCUGCCCACGGGCUCCAGCGGUAUCUAUGAUUGUACCUGGGGCGAGUUUGAUUUCGGAUCCACGGUGAAUGAUGACUGGAGUGGGUUUGAUGUUUCGGCUAUUCAGGCCCAGAAGAAUAGCGCUACCGUGCAGGGGUUGCAGAUGUGUGAUGUUUUGGGCGGGACUUGCUCGAGUAUUACGGCUGAUGCGGGGAGUGUGGAUAAUGCGUAUACUGAGGCGGAGGAGGAUGAGGGGGGUAUUGGUGGGAAUAUUUCGGCUGGGGCGGUUAGGAUUAAGAGUGUUUUGGAUUAUAGUGGUUGA